AUGGCAGUUCCUGGAUUUACCUUUGGUGCAUUCAUACUUGUGUUGCACGUUAGUUCUGUGGCUAAUUAUCCCAGCGGAAAAGUAGGAAAGUCAUGCCAUGGAAUGGUUCCUGAACACAGUCAUACUGCACGUUCUGACCCUGUUCACAACGUUUCAGUGAGUCAGAUGACAUUCAGACCAGGAGACCAGAUUGAAGUUACUUUGUCAGGGCUACCAUUUAGAGGCUUUCUUUUAGAAGCACGUAAUGCUGAGGAUUUGAGUGGCCUUCCUGUUGGCUCCUUCACAUUGAUUGACAGUCAAGUGUCGCAGCUUCUGACCUGUGAGGAUGUACAGGGAUAUGCUGUGAGUCACACAAAUCCAUCCAAGAAAACAAAAAUUAAAGUCUACUGGAAUGCUCCAAGCAAUUCUCCGAAUCACAUAAAGUUUCUAGUCACAGUUGUUGAGAAGUAUAAAAUCUACUGGGUGAAGAUUCCUGGCCCUGUAAUUUCACAGCCCAAUGCACCGCCUUUUACAACACCUGAAGCUACAGUAGCACCUUUGUCAACAUUACCUCCUGUAUCCCAUUUAACCAAAUCAUUCAGUGCUUCAGAUUGUGGGAACAAGAAGUUCUGUAUUCGGAGUCCUUUGAACUGUGACCCAGAGAAGGAGCGUGCCUGUUUCUUCUUGUCCUUCACACGAGAUGACCAAUCAGUGGUGGUUGAAAUGAGCGGUCCCAGUAAAGGCUAUUUAUCCUUUGCGUUUUCUCAUGACAGAUGGAUGUGCCUUGGACAGUUGUCUUCAGUGCUCCUUGUUGGCAUCUAUGCCAAAGAUGGCUUAUUUCUGGUAGAGAAGUGUCUUUUUCACAUGGCAAUUGACAAGCAAGGUGCUCUUGAGGAUAUGGCUUGGAGGCUGGCGGAUGGUGUUAUGCAGUGUUCUUUCAGAAGAAACAUUACCCUUCCUGGGGUUAAGAACAGAUUUGAUCUAAACACAAGCUACUACAUCUUUCUAGCAGAUGGUGCAGCUGACAAUGGUCGAAUAUAUAAGCAUUCUCAGCAACCUUUGAUUACAUAUGAGAAACAUAAUGUGACAGACUAUCCAAAGAAUGUGGGAGGCUCCCGUUCUUUAUUUCUUCUGAAGGCUCAUGGUGCUUUAAUGUUUGUGGCAUGGAUGACUACUGUUAGCAUAGGUGUGCUCAUGGCUCGGUUCUUCAAAUUUGUUUGGGCAAAGCCUGUUUUUGGUCAAGCAGCUUGGUUUCAGGUACAUCGGACGCUCAUGCUCACUACUACUGCCCUCACCUGCAUUGCUUUUGUUCUGCCUUUUAUUUACAGAAGAGGCUGGAGUUGGUAUGCAGGUUAUCACCCAUACCUUGGCUGUAUAGUGAUGGUUUUAGCAGUUCUUCAGCCUCUUCUGGCAGCCUUCAGGCCACCUUUAUAUGACCCCAGAAGGCAAAUGUUUAACUGGACGCACUGGAGUAUGGGAACAGCUGCUAGAAUAAUAGCAGUGGCAGCAAUGUUCCUGGGAAUGGAUUUACCAGGACUGAACCUUCCUGGCCCAUGGAAAACCUAUGCAAUGACUGGAUUUGUAGCCUGGCAUGUUGGGACUGAAAUUGUCCUGGAGAUACAUGCUUACCGACUUUCUCGAAAAGUUGAAAUAUUGGAUGAUGCCAGAAUUCAGAUCCUUCAGUCAUUUACUGUAGCUGAAGCGGAAGGACAUGCUUUUAAAAAGGUGGCAUUAGCAGUUUAUAUCUGUGGGAAUGUGACUUUUCUCAUCAUAUUCUUAUCUGCAAUCAAUCAUCUAUGA